AUGGCCGGAGGUGGCAAGGUGAGCUGUGGAUCCCGAAAGAGCAGCAAGGUCCAACCAGACAGCAGGGGGACAGAGUCUGAGGGCACACCGAAAGAAGGCCAGGCUGGAGCGGAGCAGGCGGCAGCAUGCGGAGUGGUACAGCAGCCAACCCAAGCUCCUACAGGACAGACGGAGGAAAUGGAGGAGGAGGAGGCAACCCAGGAGGCAGGGGAGUGGAUACCUGUGAAAAACAGGAAAAGGAAAAGCCGCCAGGUCCCAAAGCCUACCAGCAAAGGGGGAAACGGCAGCUGCAUGGGGAGGAUACAGGCAGCUCUUCAGACAGUGAAGACGGAUGCAAGGAGGGUCAUCAUCAAAAGAAGAGGCAGAGUGCCGCGGGGAGAACGGGGAGAAAGGAGGGCAGCUCCCCCCCCCCCCAAAGGAAACAACGCACCUUCUGAGGGAACUGGUAAAGCCCCACUCCCCCCACCUGCUGAGAACCAGGAGGUACCCAACGCCCCACAGCUCCAGGACCAAUUGGCUGUAGUGGCUAAAUGGUCAUCUAUUCUAACAGGGAAGCGAGCCCAACAUGCUUCUAUCCAGGUUCAAUCACCAACACAGUUUUUCAUUAUGGUUCCACUCCGAGGUCUGUCAGCUUACACAGAACGGAAAGUUCGCCAGUGGCGCUAUUAUACCUUGACUGGUUCCAAACUCAUCUCGCCAGUUCAGGAGCCUGAGAAGUUGCAUCAAUGGUUGGAGGUGGACCAGUUCCUUAAGUCUACUCAGGAAUGGCACCAGUCUGAUGUGACUAUUGAAGGGGAUAUUGUUCCUUCUAAAGUUGUUGCAAUGUUUAAAGCUCUGCUUGAGAAACCACUCCAAGCCUCUAACUUUCAUGGAAAGAUCAAUGUUUUGGAAAAUGUUGGACCUACCAUACGACUUUCUGUGAAAACAACAGAACAACUUAUUGAGGUGGAAAUUGUACCAGCCAUUGAAAUUGCGAACCAUUGGCCAAAAAAAGCACGUUGGCCACGGUUUCUGAAAAGAUGGCCAUCAAAAGAAAAGGCUCGAACUGUCAAGUCCUUUGGAUUUAAUUUAUUGGCAAGAUCAAAUUACCACUGGCAGCUUUCAUUCACACGUGCCGAACGAGAACUAUUAGAGGAUAUGGAUGAAGAUGGAGGCUGCCGCCUAAAGUGUUUACAGGUCAUCCGAAAGCUGAAAGAAGACUAUUGGUGUCCUGGAAAUAAACCAGUCAUAACAUCCUAUCACCUACAGACACUUCUGUUUUGGACCUGUGAGAAAUAUCCACGCUCUAAAGAUUGGAAAAAUUUCCAGAAAAGCUUUCUGCGGUUGGUAAAGAAACUUCAGAAAUGUGUACUACAAAGAUACCUGCGACAUUACUUUGUGAAGAGCUUUAACCUGCUUAAAUAUGCUAACACAAAUGAACUGGAUAUUACAUCUCAGAAAAUUAAUGAUUUCUUAAUAAAUCCUGGUGUGUACUUCCACUAAAAUCCACUGACACCUUAAAUAAACUGUGAGCUCCAAUGUGCCAAAACUUACUAACUUUUCAAGACUCCCCAUGUUUUACCUGAAUGAAAAUUGGGUUAUGAGCUAAUAUUAAUACUGUGGAAAGAACAUGAGUGGAAAUAACUGUAAACAAAUAUCAUGCAAAUAUUUGUACCAGAUUUCUUUCUGAUAUUUUAAUGGAAGUGGUAGUCUCCAUUAAAAUUUGGGAGAAAUGAAUUUAAAAGGACCAUGUUCUGAAUUCAUAGAGUAAAAUUGCUGAUAGUGCUUCUAUCCCAUAAUGUGCUUAAAGGAUUAAGUACCUUAAGAUUUUUCUUGCUGUGUAUUUUAAUGCCUUGAAGAAUAAUCGCAUUUUUCAAAUUAAUUUUGUAUUUGUUCCUGCCAUGUGAUACACAUUUUAAAUAUGUGUUACUUGUAGCUGUUAUUUAAUGUUUAAUAAAUUGUUCAAUUACAAAGGACAGCCAAAUGUCAU